ACACACACACACACACACACACACACACACACACACAAAUGCCAUUCCCAAAGCCAGAGUCAAAAGGAUUUACCAAUGUUGAAAUCCACGCAAUCUAAACGGCAUGUGAAGAGCUCUUUUCCAAAAUGAGACAUAUCCAUUGCGUAGAAUGUUGGGAAAUUGACAUUUUUGCAUUGGGCACAUAUGCGCACAUAACAAUAAUAAUUACGCUGCAACGCACUGAUGAGGAGCGGUCUUACUGAAAUUCACAAGUUAUACGUCAUUUACAAAGCAUUGAUAAUGUGCAGUCUCGGUAACAUAUAGAACAAUUAACACGCAAACUAAGAAGUGUUUUGCAACACAUUGAUAAGGGGCAGUCUUACUAACAGACUCACCAAUUUAAGUGUUUUGCGACGCAUUGAUAAGAUACAGGCUUGCUAGCAAGUAAUAAGUACCCCACUUUUCGAUGAUAAGGUGCACUGACUUAACAAGUCAUAAGUGCUUUGCAACGCUUUGAUAAUUGGCCGUCUUAUUAACAUGUAAUAACUAACAAAUACUUUGCAACGCAUUGAGAAGGUGAUGGUGCACAGAGACUGUUCGAAUGUUUGAUGUUUUCUUCUGUUACCAAUGCAAACAACUGAGCGGACUUGUCAUGCUCCUGACCAUAAAGUCACACUUGUCAUGAACCUGACUACAAAGUGACACUGGCAUUAGAUUAAAUUACAUCAUAUUUAGAUCAUACAACAACAAGGUGCGUACAUCUAGCACAGACUACUUCUAUGUUCAAACAGGGAAUGUUUCCCACCUUAAUUUGUAGUUACCAGUCUUUGAUUAACAGACGGAGUAGGCUACACAAUUGGACCAGACGUGUAUUUUAUAUUUUGUGUAUCAAAAUGUAUAAAAGUUAAAGUAUUCCAGGUGCCUGAUGAAAAAGAAAAGUAAUUCCAUGCAUUCAAAAAUGUAAUUAAGAGGAAGGAAUUGGGAUUUAAACGCCUUUAUUAAACGUGGCUAAUAAAUGUUUCAAAAGCCAACAUGUAUACCCCUCAAUAGGUCUUCAUCAGGGCUUAGUCUAGUAGCCUAUUUAAGCAAAGUUGAGACUAAAGUACUGAUCGUGUAAAAGUAGACUUCUAAUAAGGUUUGCCCAUUACGGAUUUCAGUGACGUUAUGGUGAUAGUAAAACAUCAAAAUACAGCGUGUAUAGAACAAAGCCGUAUAUGAAACGGUAUAUGAAAUACAGUUGUUGGCAAAUUUUAAACACAUACUUGCUUGACUCCUGAGGAAGACCGUAGUACUUUUGAGGGCAGAUGAAAAGUAGUUUUUCCAUGACUGAAAAGUUGAGUAGGCUAUAGCGCAUGCCACAAUUACUAAUUGCAAGGAAAGUAAACAAACACCUAUUGCACUGUAACCAGAGAAGGUGGCAUAUUGUGGAAUACUUGUCAUGUUUUCUAUUUACACUUUCACAAUAUUAGUGGCAGUUAAUGUCCUAGGUUGAUUUGUUUGCGCAUCCAAUGGAUUCCCACUUAAUUGAAAAUGCGCCUUUCUCGCUAGCAGAAUUUAUAUGGCGUUUAUCUAUUCAGGGAAUAUGAUCUCUACAUGUGGAUUGUGACAUUAAUAGGGGUUGGUCUUGGUCGCUACAAGUCCCCGUCGAGUAGCCUACAAUCAUUUUCUUAUCUGGUGGAGGUUCAUCUGCGCACUAGCUCACUUGUCAACCAACCAAUAGUGCCCAUGGUCCAUGGAAGCAAAAUGCUGUCAAAAACGUAUUCACAAAUGUUCGUCUCUGCAAAUUAAUCUGUCCCAUUGUUUCAUUUCACAAGGCUAUUUCAUUAAGGUGUUAGGCGUAGCCAACACAAGCGCACUCUCACUUCCAAUUUGAGUGGGGCUAAUUUAAUGUGGCAAACUAUUCUGUGUUAGGCAAUAGUAUAGGGAGAGACACAAUAAACAGCACACUAUACAGUCAAAUGCAAUUGUUGUCCGUCUCAUGACCAUUACUUUGGCCACGAGUCUCGCAUGCCAGCCUAGCAAUUUGCACAUUUGUUUUAUUGUGUGUGUCCUUUUUUCUGUUUAGCUACUGCGCCUAUAUGGGCUACUUGCUGCAGUGGUGAGCAGUGGAAAAGUACAACACAAGAAACUAGGGCUCGGGGCGAAAAAAGGUCUAUGUAGCAUAAUGUCAUCUUCUGGAAACUUCUGGCGAGUUGAGAUUAUUGAGAGGUGGGGGGGAUUGGCUGUGGUUCUGCGGCAAAGAGAUACUGGGCCUAGCGUUUGUGCCGCGAGUGACAAUGACUGUUCAUCACGAGGCCUGGGCACCGCAGUGCGGUGUGUCUGCUUACUUGUCUGCAGACCAGGACCUCAGAAGAAAUGUUGUGUUGACGACAGAUUUGGCUAAUUAAAGAUGAUAUAGAACAUGCAAUAUAACGUUAUAUUUAUUCCUAUAGGUCCAUUGGUCUAAUGCACACCGAUAUAGCUGAUUUUGUACAAACAAAUGGGACGCUGAACUAUCCAUAGCAUAUCAUGGCGCGUAAUUUGGAUAUUUGUUUCCCGUUACCACAGACAUGUUGUAGAGUUAUUGUUCUACAUUGUAUAGGGAUUGUACUGGGGUUAUUAGCAAGAGCAGCAAUGUCAACAUAUGAACGACAAUCACCCCCUCCACCUCUAGGCUGGCCUGCAACCAGCAUCAUAGCCGUUUCCCACACCAAACUUGAGUGAAGACGUCUUAUACAUAGCCUACAUGUGUAUAAGUAGAAUUGUAGAUUUUCAGUUCCUCAGUAUUCAUCUUUACUUUACACAAAACUAUGAAACUGUAAAAAAAAAAAUGCCUCAGUUGGUCUUUAAAAUGUCGUAUGGAUAUGUACAAACCUUUGUUUUGCGGACCAUCGACCUUGGUCGUUCUAAUGUCUGCAAUUGGUUGUCCUAAUUUCUGUCCGUCUGGUUAAAAUAAACACCUAUCCUUCCCUUGAUGUUGCUACUGGAUUUUCUACUAUGUCCUCCCUGUAAUGUGCUGAGUUUUCUAGGCUAUGUUUGUCAUAGGAAGAAGUCGAGGUUUUUUUUUGCUAUUAUUAACGACACGUUUAUGAACAAUCAAAUGGUCCUCGUAAAAAUUUAUUGAGGGACAUAAAAACAUGCAUGGCUUCUUUCCGAAUUCAGCCCCAGUGGUGGGUAGGUUUGCUCUAGACUUGACAAAAGUUAUGAAGUUCGCUUAGCAGUGAAUAUUCCAUGCAAUGUUAGUUGACACAACUUUAUAGCUGAACAAAACCGAUACAGACGAAUCUCAUCCUAUGUAGCCUAAAUCACUGGAACACCUAAAAGAAAUCGAACUGUUUUUAAACAGACGUACGUGAAUAAAUGCACAGGAUAUGCCUUAUAUUUAUGUCGAGGAAGAACUACAAGGUGAUAUGCCGAUAUGUUUUGCGUUUCCAACGACAUUUUGUCGACAAAGACAAAUGACAAGAGCAAAUAGUGCGUUCUUUAGAGCGGUCAACAUACCUCCGUAGUCCAAUAACUGGGGCUCGCUGCUCUUCAUUGUUUAUGACAGCAUCAUACAACUAAAGGGAUGGUGGGUGGAUAUUCCGCGCUAAUGUUUGGUCAUAGAAUGGAAAUCCUUUUUUAAAAGAUCAUUUUAAGAUGUGAAGUACAUCACUGCCCAAGGUUUGCGUGCGCAUUAAUCGACUGUAUAAUUUUGGAGUAAAUAUGAUCACGUGUCUUCCGCCAGCCAAUGAGCGCUCAAAAGCCCCGGGAGAAAUAAUUACCUGACUUGAUUGUUCUAUGGGCAGAUAAAAAAGUACACAUACACGCCAUAUAAUAAUCUGAUGCAUGUAAAAGAGGAGAGAGGCAUCACAUCGUCAUGUCGACCACGGGUCCUAUAAGCAAUUAUUAUGUGGAUUCGUUGAUAAACCACGAGAGCGACGAGGUCUUGGCGACGCGUUUCUCCGCGCCGGAGCUACUCCCUGCCGGUUCACGACCAUCUCCUCUUGUCCCGGACUGUUCUGAUUUUCCUUCCUGCAGCUUUGCGCCGAAGCCUCCAGUAUUCACCUCUUCCUGGGGCCCAGUUCAUUCGCAGUCCUCUGUGGUGUAUCACCCAUAUACCCACCAGCCCCACAUAGGCACAGACUCACGGUAUGUGCGGUCGUGGUUGGAGCCCAUCUCGGGAGCCGUCUCUUUUCCAGGCUACCCGGCUAACAGCAGACACUACGGGCUGAAGCCCGACGGUAUCCCCGAGCGCAGACCAGGAGAUUGUAUCGCCAACGGACGCAGUUACGCGGAUUACUAUUAUGGUUCUUCACCUGACCUCCGGGAUAAGGCACAGCAGAUCAUCCCUUCUCCCGAAGUAGAGGCUUUGGCUUCCGCAAAGCUCAAGGAGGACAAACCAGAGUUAGAUCCAAACAACCCAGUGGCGAAUUGGAUCCACGCGCGCUCCACGAGGAAGAAGCGGUGCCCAUACACCAAAUACCAAACACUUGAACUCGAGAAAGAGUUUUUGUUUAAUAUGUAUCUUACAAGGGACCGUAGGUACGAGGUGGCGCGGGUCCUAAAUCUCACCGAACGACAGGUCAAAAUUUGGUUCCAAAAUCGACGGAUGAAGAUGAAGAAAAUGAAUAAAGAGAAGACUGAGAGUAAUGAGCAGUAGUCCAUUUCGGAAUGGCGGACACAGAAGAUUACAAAAAGGCCUGCGUCAAAGUUGAAUAUAACAUGGACAAGGAGUGACUGCAAUUUUGGACUCAGAAGUUUAACAAAAAGAAAAUUCAGUCUCUCUUCAUGUGAUUUCUAUAUUUGUUGCACUUGUAGCUAUCUCAGCUCUCAAGAUCUGUGAUUGACCUCUGAACGGCUUACGUCGACUGUUUUUAUUUUGUUUUUGUUUUUUUAUGUGUGACAUGCAGCUUGUGACAUACUUUUUUAUUUUUGUAUACCACGGUUUCAUGAAUUGCAACAUAGGACAUUGUUCAUUUUAAACAUAAUAUUUGGGAUAUGUACGAUGAGGAAUUAUAGGAUUUACCCCGUAGUGUUUGUGUGUUCACGUGUAAUUUAAAACUUGUGUAUUUUUCUAGAUGUUGCAUUGUAUGUGUACAUUAUGAUUAGAUGGUUUUGUACAAGAAAACCCGACCGCAAUUACAAGAGUAGGCCUACUGUUUGUGUUUACGUCACUGUGGAUAUUUACCGGAUAAUGCGUUACUCCCUCCAGACAUCGAAAGUUUAUGUUAUAAAUUGUAGAUUGUGAUUAUACUAAAAUAUAUAUGACAUCAUCUCAGUCGAGUCUGUUUCGGAUUCAGUGUCAAUGGGCAUGGGCUGUUUUUAUGGUUUUAUUUCCGGAUAUCAAAAAGCAAAUAGUUAAGAGACCAAAAAAACGUUUCCAAUAGGCCCGUGUUGUUAUGUAGGCCUAUUAUGGACACAUAUGGCGCGAGCGGGCACUUGACAUGGAGGAGA